AUGUCCGACAGACCCCUCUCCUUACCUAUAAUCCCGUCCUCACCCUCCCUUCACUCUCACCUCGCAGCCCUCGACCACCUGUCCCUCCAACUCCAGCACCUCACAACUUUCACGACCCGUCCAGCUAGGAUACCCCUCGGAACCAAGGCCUCCAUGUUGGGUGAUAUAUUACAUACAAAUGAUAUUAAAGUGAAUAUAGGUUGUGGGUAUUGGGUAGAUAUGACCGCCCAGGAAGCUUCGGAAUAUGUGAAAAGGAGGAAAGAUCAGUUAUUGGAGGAACACGCUAGGUUGUUAGAGGGUCAUAGACGACCCGCUGCUGUGGAUAGGCUGGAGAAGAAAGUAUCGGACGUGAAAAGUAAAGGUAAGGAAGGGAAGAGGCGAUUGGUCGAUCCAAAAGUAGGAUUUCAUCCGGUAUUCCACAAGAUGCCUGAAACGGAUGUUGCUGGAUCUUCGAAUUCAUCUGCUGAAGACGAGGAAGGAAAAGCUAUCAAUGGAGAAGAAGCUCCUCAAGCACAGGCAAAGCAGAUUGAAAUACAAACCCUCAGCUCGGAAUCAUCGAAGACGGAUUUGACAAAUACAUCUACUCAGAAUCUUCAUUCAUCACGCACCGAUAGCACGACUCAAUCAGUGAGAAUCAAGGAUUCUGAACAGUCCGUUGGUUCAUCUCUACUAGAGUUACUAGAUGAUAAAGAUGGCUCAGUUGGGGCGGUGGGAGUGUCUGGAAACUCAUUAGGGGACAGUACGACGACCAACGAAGAAGGGUUACCAAUCCACGAGAUCCGCGAAACCCUCUCUGGCGAGACCAUUGGUCCACCUCCACCGCCUUCCACCUCAAGUACUGCUCCUGAACAACCAAUCGAAGAGAUAGAAGAUGAUUAUUUCUCUCCUGAGGCUGUCGCCCGUCGAGCCGCCUUGAGAAGGAGACUGUUCAACGAAGAUACCUCAAGUGAAGAGGAUGAACCUCCAGUCCAAGCAGCCAUCAAGGCUAAGGGUGGUAUUAUACGUUCAUCCAAUACCGUGACAGAGACAUCUUCCGGUACAGCACAAGCUACUCCACCUUCACCCUCUUCACCUCCAGUGCGAGAACGUAGACCCUCAUGCAGCCAACCUCUUCCAUCCAAAUCCAUCCUCAAGCCUUCCAAUCCACCCACACUCAAGAAAUCAGUAACAUUUGAUCCAUCUCUCCCCUCUCCACCCACUUCACCUGCAUCUGAUGAAUCACUCUCUCAGAUGAGCAAGAGGUUCGGGUUUCCCUUACCUCUAGCAGUAUCUGACGAGUCUACUUCCAACUCAGGCGAAUUCAGUGUCAAGCCAGUUCCCGUUAUACCUCCUCCUCGACCGAGGAAGAGGGAUGAUACUAGUGGUUUUGCAGGGUUCAAAAGAGGUUUCUUAGAUGGAUCUUCACGUACAAUUACUAAACCUCUUCAGGCGGAGUAUGAUACAGAUAAGAUGAAGGAUUUAUUAGAUCUGAUGGAAAAUACAGCACGAAAUGCUAUUACUCCAGCAGUCACAGAAAAUGCUACUUCUUCUUCGGCUUUGACUUCGUCAGAUGGUGAUAAAGCAUUCAACGACCCACCACCUCAAUCCAAAAUGAAGAAACAAAGUUUAUUUUCGCAAAGAUUGAGUCAACCUGAAAUAGAUGCCUCUGCACCUAAUAUCCAAACGACCUCGACGACCCGAAUACCUAAUUUACCUAAAGUAUCCGAAAGUAAGGGUACCAAUACUAUCAAACCUGGUGUGAUUGAGAAGCCCCCUGUGGUGCAACAUGGGGUGAAAGAGAGAUUGGAUAAUUUGAAGAUUGUUGAAAGACCAAUUUCGAAUGGGAUCAAAGCUCCGAUGAAGAGUGAGAUUGAUGUCAGUGUGGGAAGAACGAAUUAUACUACCAUUGGGAAGAACAAACAUACUAAUCAAAGUAAAGUACUCGCAAAAGACAAUAACGAAGAAGAAGAAGAAGAUGACGAAGAUGAUGAUGACGACGAGUUUAGUGAAUAUUCCACAGGAGAAGAAGAUGAAUACGAUCUAGAUCAAGCGUUAUUAGCAAGGGAAGUGGCAUUAGAAUACCAUAAGAGACAAACUUACAAACCUCUGAAUCGUGAUUUAGAUGAUCCCCAUUUUAACGAAUUGCAAGAAGGAGAAGGCGAAGGAGGAGAGGGAGGGGGAGGGGUAAUGUUGGGAUUACCUAGGAUAUCUGAAUUUGGUGAACCGAUGAUAAUCAAUCCUAAACCAGAGGACUUAAGGAGGUUCAUCAGAGUGGGUAAAUUGGAGAAUGGUAAUUUGGUUUUAGCUCCGGGUGAAGAAUCCCUCGAAACCGACGAGGAAGAUCAAGAUGAAGAAAAUAGAGAAGACGGUGAGGGAAGGAAGGAGAGAAGAGAAAACAGAGAGAAUAUCAAAAAGAAAUUAAUGGGAUUGGAAAUUCCCACUUCCCAAUUGAUUGAACAAGAACGAACAGAUAGGGAAAGAAAGAAUGUGGACAAAGGGAAGAAGAAACAAUAUGAAGAUUGGGAAAAAUCAUUACCACCUAUUUUGUCAAGUGACAACUCCAAUACUAAAAGUAAUGAUAAUAAGCAAGAGGUAGUUGAAGAUGACAAAGAUAAGUCGAAGUCCAAACCACCUAUAAUUCCUUUGGUUCCUGAAUCACCAAUUAUCUCCCCUGAUCAAUCUGUAUCGACACCAACCACCACACCUGGAACAGCAACGAGUGAAGGUGUUAAACCCAAAAAGGUAUCUAGGUUCAAAGCUUCUCGAAUGGCUAAUAACUGA